UUUGUCGGCAAUAAACCUGGUUUUUAUUGCGAUAAAUUUUCCGGGCAGUUUUUAAUUGAUAAUUACAUAAUUUUCGAACCCAAUACUAGCAGGAUACCCCUUUCCAAAUCACCAAAAGUGGGCAUGCUUCCCAAAAAGGGAGCGAAAUCGGUCAAAAAGUGGGCAAAUGCCUCGCAAAUGAGGUAAAAGGACUACCCUGAAUGCUAGAUAACCUCUCAUUAGAAGUUACAAUUUUUCGAAGCAAAGAGGGGUCUCGAAAAUAACCGCUCUUCUUUAUAAGCGAAUAAAGUAGAUCCCUAAACUCAAAAUUCAAAUUACCCAAAUCUCAACAUCCCCAAAAACAAUUUAAAAUUCAAAAAUUUCCAGUUAUGGCUCUUUACUUUUUGGUGAAUUUUGUAAAUUGGUUACCGACGAAAAUUUUAUUGAUGAAUGGAUGCGUAUUAACGGGCCUUCAUGUAGCAGUAGUUAUAGCGACCAUCAGAGACAAUCUUCAACAAUUAAAGAAAAUCCUCCUCCUCCCCAACAUAAUUAUCAACAACAAUCUCUCCAAAUGACUAGAGCAACAAAUAAUGUUGGGAAUUUAUUAAUGGCCAAUUUAGCUUUGAAAUUGUCCGCUCCCCAAUCUUCUGAUUCUUCUGGACAACAAGGACUUCUUUUGGCAGCUGCUGGAUUUGCUGCAAAUAAUCAUCAACAACAACAACACUAUCAUCAACAGCAACAGAGAUUAACGGGCCAAUUACCCCCUCCUUUAGGACAUUUAUUAUCUCCGACAGUUGGGCAGUCCUCUUUAUUGGCACUUCAACAACAACAAGGGGGGACACCAACAAUACACGCUCCCUCCCCUAUAAACCCUUCACAAAGACAACAACAAAUUGUGGGGGCUGUUAAUCAUAUUUUGCAGCAACAACCUGGGGGAAGUCAACAAGGGAUUGGAGGGAGAAUGGGUGUUAGAGGAGUUAGACCGGGACAACAACGGAGUUUGAAAGGUAUGGAAAUGAAAGAUUUAUUUUGUACUUUACCCUUUGAAUGUUUAAUACGAAGGCACUCUGAUAAAAGACACAUUCCAAUAGGAGUCCCUCUCUAAUAAAAAGUCCCUCUUCAAUAGUAAGUUAUACAGAUACUCUUUAAUAGACACCUUUCCUCUAAUAGGAAUGUCCCUUUCUAAUAAGAGGAUUCUCUCCAAUAAGAAGGAAUACAGUCAGAAUUCACUAUUAGAUACCUUCUGGCUAAAAUUGUGAGUAUCACUCAUUUUUUGCUUUUUGCAAAAUUUAUGCAAAAUACUCUACUCCAAAAAUAAAUAGAUAGGUAGAUGAUGGGCCAUUUUUCACAAAAUGAUUUAUAAAAAUAAUUUAUUUUUUUCCCAAGAUUUAUUACUUUUAAAUAAAAGUAAAAGAUCGUGGAACGGAAAAAAAUUAUUUUUAUUUUUUUAUUAAAUUUUAAUGUUACACUUUAAUGAGAGAGAUCCUUUCUAGCUUAUUAACUAUACUAAAUCGGUUUGUCCGUCACACUUUUUUUACAGUAUUUGCAAAGAAAAGACGAAUUUAUUUUGACACGAAAAUUUUUCGUAAGAAAAAAUAAGAGAGAAAAAAGUUGUUUUUCCCUAAUUCUUCAGAAAAAUUUAAGUGUAAACAACAAACAACCAGCCGUCUGCCUUUUAAUCGCAGGCGUUACCAGCCAUCUGCCAUUUGAACGCACCCAGUUAGUUUUUGUUAAAUUAAACGCAGC